UGUUUUGAAGGAAGUGUGCGUCUGCGUCAUUUCUGGAGAGACGCAAGCUAGCAGAGCUAAACAUCAAAGAACGAUGGCGUCCACCGCAGUGGAUACCACGUAAAUACAUAACGACCCAAACGGUACGGUCGGUGUAUUUUCGUCUGUCGUUGCCGGUGCUUAGUAGGAGUAGAGAUAGAAAAAAUAGUAACGUGUCGUUAUGGCGACCGGGAGCGGGAGCGGCAGCAGCGUCGGCUUAGCGUCAAACCAUGACGGUCAAGAGGCAGCAUCAAACUCGGUUCAGUCUGGAGCUGCAUCGGUGCCUUCCAACGCGCCUGUCCCCGGUGCUGCCCCCGGUGCUGCCCGGUCUGCCUCCCCGCCUGAGCUCGGCCUUCAGCGGGAGCCCAUGUACAACUGGCAGGCGACGAAGAGCUCCCUGAAGGAGCGCUUCGCCUUCCUCUUCAACAACGAGCUGCUCAGCGACGUCAGGUUCAUCGUGGGGAAAGGCAGGCAGGCCCAGAGGAUACCGGCCCAUAAAUUCGUCCUGGCCGCCGGCAGCGCCGUUUUUGAUGCCAUGUUCAACGGGGGCAUGGCCACAACCUCGGCGGAAAUAGAGCUGCCCGAUGUGGAACCAGCAGCCUUUCUCGCCUUGCUCAGGUUCUUGUAUUCUGACGAGGUCCACAUUGGUCCGGAGACUGUGAUGACGACCCUGUAUACGGCUAAGAAGUACGCCGUCCCCGCCCUGGAGAGUCACUGUGUGGACUUCCUCACCAAGCACCUCCGAGCUGACAACGCCUUCAUGCUGCUUGCUCAGGCAAGGUUAUUUGAUGAGCCUCAACUUGCCAGUCUCUGCUUGGACACCAUAGACAAAAGCACUGCGGACGCAAUAAACGCAGAGAGCUUUACAGAUAUCGACCUCGACACCUUAUGUGCAGUGCUCCAAAGAGACACACUCAGCAUCAGGGAGAACCGCUUGUUUGGGGCGGUAGUCCGGUGGGCCGAGGCCGAGUGUUACAGACAACAGCUUCCCCCGACCUCGGAGAACAAACAGAAGGUUCUGGGCAAAGCUGUCCCGCUCAUACGCUUCCCGCUUAUGACUGUUGAGGAGUUCGCUGCAGGGCCUGCCCAGUCUGGAAUAUUGUUCGAUCGGGAGGUGGUAAAUCUGUUUUUACACUUUACAGUAAACCCCAAACCAAGGGUCGACUACAUCGACAGGCCCCGCUGCUGCCUCAGGGGCGAGGAGUGCAGCAUUAAUAGAUUCCAGCAGGUUGAGAGUCGAUGGGGGUACAGUGGUACCAGCGACAGAAUCAGAUUCAAUGUUAAUAAAAGAAUAUCCAUAGUGGGUUUUGGCCUGUAUGGUUCAAUACAUGGACCCACUGACUAUCAGGUCAACAUACAGAUCUUAGAGAGCGACAAGCGCAUUACUCUGGGGCAGAACGACACAGGUUUCAACUGUGACGGCACGGCAAACACGUUCAGAGUGAUGUUCAAAGAGCCUGUGGAAAUCCUACCCAAUGUCAGCUACACUGCAUGUGCCACCUUAAAGGGCCCGGACUCCCAUUACGGCACAAAAGGGUUGAAAAAAGUGCAACGGGAAACAGCAACGGGGACCAAGACAACGUUUUUAUUUUUUAGCUCACCAGGAAAUAACAACGGUACAUCAGUGGAGGACGGGCAGAUACCAGAGAUCAUCUACUACACCUAGACUUAACACAUUGCCACGCAGGUACAUUGAAGCGGGAGACCUCAGACUGCUGGGAAGACUAGACUGCUGGAGAUAAACGUAGUGCCUCAAGAUCCCGUGGAAUAAAGAAUGUGUGUGUUUGAGAGUGUGUGUGUACAUAUGCUGAAUCUGUCUAUACAAAAGUGGUGUACGGACAACAUCAACAAUGUGGAAGUAAGCAGAGAUGUCUGGGGCAAAAAGCUUUUCGGGCAUAAACUGUAUCAUCAGUUGUAAAUGAUCUUAAUACUGAUGUCUUGUCUGUGUUUUUAUCAUUGAGCUGCUGUGCAGGAGUUAAUCCUGAACUAGUGAAACUAGAGACAGCUACCAUUUGUUGGUCGGCACCAUUUCAUUUUCAUUUCUCAGUUUAUGCUGAUGCAUUUACCAGAAGUAUGAUAUUUGCAUAUUUUUUAUUGUGCACUGUGAUCAUUUAUUCAGCAGGUGUCUUCAAGUACUUUGUUUUUGCAUUGUAUUAAGGAUACAUGUGUGUUGUGUAACUGCGCCAGUGGUACAUGCUGUAAUUUAUGACUUUGUUUGCUUAGCACUUCAUUAAGAUGUAAAACAAGGACACUUGCGAAUUUUAAUAGUGAAAAAAAGGUCUUUUUGGCAAUAAAAUGUGGUGAACCAAA